AGUUCAUUCGGCGAAUCCGCACCAAAAACAUCGUUUCAUUUAGUCUCUUCCAGUUUGUUUCAUCGGAUUCUUUUUUGCGCUUCAGAACAGAAUUCAUUCGGAUCGGGAUAUGAUUUUUACGAAAAUUUCAUAGCCAUUAAUUAUAACGCAACAGAUUUAUUGAGCGUGUUGAAUGUAAUCAAUUGUUGAAAGUGCUGUUGUUUCAGUUUUUUUUUCUUCUGUGGUGUUGUUACACAUAUGUUAAGUUUGGUGUGUUAACGCAUCAGUUUUGAAGAAGAAAAAAAUAUCGGAAAUUACGAUCGUUCUAAGAUGAAGAUCAGAUUCUUUUGCUUCGAUCUAUGAUGAGAUCACAUGCCGUCUUGAACUGAGUUCUAUGGAGUGAUAAUAAUAAUUGAUAUUUUGAAUAAGAUGCUGAGUGUGUAUCAACUGAAAUUGUUGAAAUUCAGUCCGAAUUUUGAGAUUUCAUCAAAGUAUACCCGGCAAUACAAACAACAAAAUGAACAGUUUAAUCAGUUUGUUCGCACAAAUUGUAUUCAGAUUGUCUUUUUGUGUAAAAAGUAUUUUCUAAAAACGGUCGCAUUCAGAAACAGAAACUACUGGCAAUCCCAAUAAAAUCAUUUCAUAUACUAGUUUUGUGUUCAUAGUGACGAAUUGAGCGUUGGUUUAUGUAUCGAAAAGUGAUACAUUACCAUAUUAUGAAUAAUCGUUUAUUCACUGUCCACAUAUCUCCAAUGUCUUCCUAUUAAAAACCGAGUGCAAAAACGUUGUCAAUGUGAAAAGAAAUUGUGCAAAAAUGACGCAUUUUAUGGGAUCAAAUUCAACAAGGAAAUGACAAGUUUGGCCAGACAAGAUGAUAUAACUGGUUCAAGUUAAUUGUGUGUUUUUUUUUGGCAGAAAUUGAUAUUAUGGGAAUAUAUCUAUCUUGGGCCGCUUUAUGCCAAAUAACGAUUUACUUUCGAAAACAAUCGAAAUUGCGAUUGUUAUCGCGUUUUGCCUUGAAAUGUGAUCUUCCCCCUUUUUUGGUUUGUGAACGAAUUCUGUUCUUGGUUCGUCGAACGUUUGGUUAUGAACAAUAAUGAAAAAUCACACCACACGACCAAAAUUAAAAUCAAUAAAUCCAAGUUGACUAAACGCGUUUAAAUUUGGCGUAUAUAAGCGCGCGCGUGCGCGGAAAGUUCAAUCAAAAAUGCAUAGAGUAGUCGUCGUCGUCGUCGCAUAAUUAUUCUAAAACGCAUAAACUGUUUAUCGAUUGCGUUAAUGAACAGUAGCCCGCAUCUCGUUAAAAGCGGGCCGCCUUCGGCGUGCACGCACUUGUGUCAGCCGACAUCAGUUUCGGUGGCUUUUUUCACUGCAUCUGCACUUGAGCGUAAUAAAAAGCAGAUGCAAAUGUGUAAUCAGUUCAACUGUUUACAUUUGAAUCAUUUACAACCAAAGCGUAUGUUGCUGUUUUUUCUUCCCAGCAUAUGAACUGCCUUUUUUUCUUCCAUUCUCAUGUUGCUGCCGGUUCUUCAGGCGUCCACAAAAACCGUUUGAAUGCGAACGAGAUGGAAUGAGAGGGAGAAACAGAUUGAGAUGAAUACAAAAAACGAAUACAGUGAGGAGGAGAGAAAAAAAUACGAUUCCAUUAAUUCAAUGCGCAAUUCAAUUUAAAAAAACACACACUAUCUAUGAGCUCAUUGCAUGAUGUUUUUGCGUUGUGCGCACGGAACAUUGAACAAUAUGCGAUAAUUGUUUGUUAGAUUCAGUUGUACUCUCUCGUAACUACUCCGUUCGAUGUUGCUGUAGUUUUUUUUUAUUAUUAUUAUUUCAAAACUUUCUAACUCGCGUUCGACGCAAAAGAUCAAAUAGCUAGACCAAUUAAUUAUUAGUCUAGUUUUCAAUUGGAAAAACUAUGGCAAAUCAAUUGCAUCACUCGGAAAUUGUUACGCAUCUCAAACGAAAGUGAAACAGAGUAUCUGAAACAAGAAUAUAUAAGCAAAAGAAACAAUCUCUGUGUGAGAGAACACAGAACAGGCAUGACACAGUUAAAAGAACGUAUUGGAAUAAUUAUUAUUGUUCUCUCCAAAUUAGGUAUUGUGCGAUGGAUACGACGACGACGACGAACAGCGAUCAAACAUCGAUUAUGACCGAGCAAAAUAUUCGCUAUUACUCAACCAAUUAAUAAAUAUCACGUAUUCACCCCACCAUUCGAUUCAAAAAGAAUUUGAUUAGUUUGGAAUUGACAAUACGCGACGAAAUAGAGAAAUAGAUAUAAAAAAAAGCAACAUGGGAAAAACGCUAGCGGAAAGGUCGCAAAGCAGCAGCAGCAACAACAACAUCAGUGCAAAUAAUCAACAGCGACAACUGCUGAAUCAAUCAUCUAAGCCAAAGAAGAGUAUGAAGUCAAACGAUUCAAAUUGUUACAGUGCUAACUUCAUCCGAUACAUACUUCAGACAUACAACGUUCUAUUGUUUAUGUCCGGCUGUGCAAUAACAGCUGUAGCAUUAUGGUCAAUACUGUGGAAACAUCAGUAUGUCUCACUUUUGGCAACGCCAACGUACGCAUUAACCUCAUAUGGUCUGUUUGCGGCUGGCAUUUUUGCCACACUCACAGCAUUAUUCGGAUGCUACGUUGUUUGGCGUGAUCAACGCCCGUUGAUAUGCUGCUAUUCUCUUCUACUGAUUGUGGUGUUUUUGUUGGAAUUUUCGGUCGGUGCUGUGACUUAUGUGUACGAGCCUCAAGUGGAUGACGAGCUGCUCACCACACUCAAUAAAACCUUUAUGACAAACUACGGGAUCGAUGAAACUCGCACCAAUGCCAUUGACCUAAUACAACAAAAUUUUAAAUGCUGUGGAGCCGAACGUUUUGAGGAAUGGCGAAAUAGUACAUGGAAAAAUACGGAUGAUCCCACGCAAUUGAUACGUUCGAAUGUAAAUCGUGUGGUGCCGGACUCGUGUUGUAUAUCAUACCGUGAAAAUUGCGGAAAAAGUGAUCAUCCGAGUAAUAUUCCCUACACAGGGUGCAUCUAUCGAUUUAUCGACGAGACACGCGAUCAUCUCAAUAUACUUGGUGCAAUUGGCUUUGGCCUUUGCUUAAUCCAGAUGAUUGGAUUGAUUCUGUCAUGUUGUCUCUAUUUUAAGUGAUUUUUUACCAAAAAAAAAAAUUUCAAUUACUAACAGCCAAAAAGGCGAUAUGUUCCAGUCAUCACACCAACUGCCAUUUCUUCCAUUACAUAGUCUUUCAAAUUAGCUUACGAAACUUAUUUAAAUGUCACUUUUUAAGAGAAUUGUUUACAUUUUACACAUUACUGUUUGUUCCAUUUACAUUGUACGGUUUUAAUGAGAAAUAUUGUAAAGUUUUACCGAACGCAAUUAUUUAUUAACCUAAUUAAUUUAAAUAUAUCCGUAGCAUCGUAGCGAAUUAAACCAAAUCGACAUUGUAACAUAUAUUUUUAAUAUGAGAAAUCUCGAUUUUUUUUAAAUAAAUCUUGAGCCUUGAUGGUAAAAAUUUUUCCAAUAUCAUA